AUGGCAAGCUUCACUUCCUCCGUUACUUGUCCUACUCUUCUUCUCAAGCCUUCAGUCACAGCUAUUUCCACCGAGUCUGUAUAUGGUCUUCCAAGGAUGGUCAAGAGAAGCAGUGGAGUGAAAUGCUCGAUGGAGACAAAGCAGCCGAAGCAAGAGAAGAGCUCAAAGGCAGGCUCGUCUGCUAUGGCGGUUAUGUUAACAGCGGUGAUGAGUAGUAGCCCAGCAAUGGCUUUAGUGGACGAGAGGAUGUCAACGGAAGGAACAGGACUACCUUUUGGUCUGAGCAAUAACCUCUUAGGGUGGAUUCUGUUGGGCGUGUUUGGUUUGAUAUGGGCUAUUUACUUUAACUACACUUCUUCUCUCGAUGAGGAUGAUGAUUCUGGACUUUCCCUCUGA